AUGUUUUCCAAUCUGAUAUCGCUGGCCCACUUCUGUGACAAGCAUGGCCCUCGUGUGCUGCUCGUUACGCAAUGUGCCGAAAAUAGUGAAGAACUCCUACUUCCUUCCUAUCCGACUGACUCCUAUUGCGAAUCGUGUUUGAUCAAUUUUGGGGGCUUUAAGGAUGAGGGCCUUUGUUCUAUGAGGACCAAAUUGCAAUCCAAACACUAUGUCUCGACUCAGUAUUCAUCUAUCAGGUACCAGCUCUUGUACUCGAUUGUAAGGUAUAUGUUCUCGGAAGAAACGAUGAGUUACGAUGGAAGUCCAUUAGUGUUUUACGACAACUCUAAAGGUUUAAACCUUGUCAUAGGUUUUAAAUUGCAAGAUGCAAAUGCAAGAGGAAAUGAAAGAAGAUACGGCUUGAUUCUAACUUUAGAUUCUCAUGAUCACCUCAAAGAUAUGGCACUAUUAUCUCAUCAUUGGGAAUUUAUUAUUAAUGGGUUUAAUAAAAUGGUUGGAUACAUAAAGAAACUACGCGACGAUGAAAUUGAACGGAAAAAUAGGAAUGAGACUUGUGGAGAAUUUACGCCAAUUGUGGGAGCUUAUCUGAGGGGUAACAAACUGAAAGAACCCAGAAAUUUAGCCAAUUUAACAAAUGAUGAAUUAAUCUUCGUUAGGUUGCACAAAUGGAACACAUUCAUGCUUGAUGUAUUGGGAAAGUAA